AAAAGAAAAAUGAAAGGUGUGUAUUUCCUUGUGGCCAUCUUGGCUUUCACGUCGUCCAUUGCCUCUGCCUAUGAUCCAAGUCCUCUGCAAGAUUUUUGUGUAGCUUUGAAUGAUACCAAGAAUGCUGUAUUUGUGAACGGAAAACUUUGCAAAGACCCAAAAGUAGUGAAAGCACAAGAUUUUUUCAGACACGUGGAAGCUGGUAAUACAUCGAACCCACUUGGUGCACAAGUGAGUCAAGUGUUUGUGGAUCAGCUGCCAGGAUUGAACACACUUGGCAUAUCGAUGGCUCGUAUAGAUUUUGCACCAAAGGGUUUAAACGCUCCCCACACUCACCCUCGCGGCACAGAGAUCCUUAUUGUUGUUGAGGGAAGUCUUUAUGUUGGAUUUGUGAGUUCCAAUCAAGAUGGAAACCGUCUCUUUACCAAAGUCUUGAACAAGGGUGAUGUCUUUGUCUUCCCAAUUGGUCUCAUUCAUUUCCAACUGAAUGUCGGUUAUGGCAAUGCAGUUGCCAUCGCUGCUCUCAACAGUCAAAAUCCAGGAACUAUCACUAUUGCCAAUGCUUUGUUUAAGUCCACUCCAUCUAUUUCUUCUCAAGUUCUUACCAAAGCUUUCCAAGUCGACAAGAGCAUAAUUGAUUACCUUCAAAAGCAAUUCUGGACCGACAACAACCACUAGUCAUUCUCAUUCAUUAUCCAUUUCCUCUUUCUACUGUUAUGUAAUAGGUCAAAAUUUGUGUAACUUCUAUUUAUAUGUGGUUUUU